ACACCAUUGUUCCUUCUGCUACAAAGCAAGUUCCAUCACUUUCUCUCUCUUUCUCUUUCACUCUCACUUUCUCUGCGAAUUUGCUUCAGCUUGCGUUUUGCUUACUCUGUAGCACAGGAAGAACAAUGGCAGACAAGAUCACAGCUGAAAAGCUUUUUAACACCCUUGUGGAAACAAUGGCAGCAGAGAAGCCAAAAUCUGUAUCCUUCUUUGAGGAAGAGAAAUUGAGCUCUGUGAGCUCCCAGUUCAACAGACUCUUUGGACGCCAGAAACCGUUGCACAAUCUUUUAGGUGGCGGAAAAUCUGCCGAUGUCUUGUUAUGGAGGAACAAGAAGAUUUCUGCAAGUGUUUUAACUGCUGCAACAGCUAUAUGGGUGCUUUUCGAAUGGCUUAACUAUCACUUCUUAACUCUUUUAUGUUUUGCUUUGGUUCUUGGAAUGCUUGCACAGUUUCUUUGGACAAAUGCUUCUGGUUUGAUGAGCAGGAAGCCGGCUAAAGUUCCUCGUUUUGUUCUCCCGGAAGAUGUCUUCGUGAAUAUUGCAACUGCCAUUGGUGUUGAGGUUAACCGUGGUUUGAGGGUUCUUCAAGAUGUUGCAUGUGGAGGAAACCUAAAGCAGUUUCUUCUGGUUGUAUUCAGCUUGUGGGCUGGUGCUGUGAUUGGAAGCUGGUGCAACUUUUUGACUGUCAUAUAUGUCGGUUUUGUUGCUGCACAUACACUCCCAGUUCUGUAUGAAAGAUAUGAAGAUCAAGUUGACAACUUUGUGUAUAAGGUCCUUGGUGAGAUGAGAAAUCACUAUAGUAAGCUUGAUGCUGGUUUACUUAGCAAGAUCCCAAAGGGAAAGCUCAAAGGAAAGAAGUUUGAAUGAUUACAUUCAUUCUUAUUCUUAUAUGUAAAAUGGUUUGGACCAAAAAAAUUUAUGCUUUAAGCUUUAGGCAGCGAUUGAUCUUCUUCCUGUGUAAAUUCAAGUACAUAAAAAAAAGAAGAUAAGUCUCUGUUCUCUUAACUGUUUCCCAUGGAAUAUAUUUGGUAACAAUUUAUUAUUUUCCCAAAUUUAAUCUGAUA